AUGAAGGAAAAAAACGGAUUUACAAGUCUAAGUUUUCCUCUUGAACGGUACUCAUAUGCAACACCUAAAGAAGAUGUCUGUGGGUCUUCACAGAAACAUUCAAUUAACGAUAUCCAAUGGUUGCAUUACCCGCAUCGCGAUCUCGAAAUUCAGUUUGAAAAAUGCAGUGUUGCGGGGCACGAAGAGGUUAUGCUAAGGGUUGUACGAGGUGCCAUUCUUUUUGAGAUGCUUAAUAUUACACGGCUUUCAAAGCUUAUUAUUCCUCCUAUAUAUGCAGAUAAUAGUACACAGCAGUCGGGCAUUGCUGUAAUCACACGGGUGCCUUGUAUUGGGAUCAAAUGGUACAAUGAUGUAUCGAAGAAAAUUGCACGGUUUCAAAUGAAAUUUUCGACGGAAGAAAUCUUCUUUUCUGUAAAAAGUAUUCUUGAACAGUAUGUGGGUAAAGUGCGUCAUGCAGUCGAGACGUGUCCGGUCAAAUCGGAGACACGUGUAUUAAUAGACGCGUUGAACGGAGAGGCGUCUCCAAAUGCGUCAGCGGACGCGUCGUACGAAAUAGGAAAUGGUUGUGUCCCUGUAGAGAGUGUUCGGAGAUGCACUCUGCAGGAAAGUGAAGGGCCGUCAAUGAAGAAGGUGUUGACAGAGGCAAGUUAUAUGGAACAAUUAAGGUCAGAAACAAUAAAUUCGGCAACAGCAAGUUUACUGGAUAUGCCUUUACCGACUCCGUCAAGCACAAACAAGUUUUUGUAUUUAAAUCAGCAUGCACAGACUGAGGCAAUAAAACAUGAGUCAGAGAUUAAUAGAGGGCAGGAAGUAGAAGGAAAAAAAAAAUACAAGAAGCCAAGCAAAUCACGCAAAAACUCGAGUGAUUUGAAAGAAAAGGUGUCUGAUCUGCAGCUAAAAAGCAAACAGGAUCAUGAAAAAACUAUAUCAAUGGCAAAACCGCUGACACCACCACGAACAGCUUCAUAUGAAUCGAGUGUUUCUUGUUCUCAAGAAAAUAUAGAAACACUCGAGGAUAUAAUUGUAACAUAUAUUAAUGAUAAUCAUUUUCUGCAAUUAGUAAGUUUUUACAAGUCAGCUCCAAGACUUACGUAG